GAGUCAUCCUGCAGGAGGACAGAAGACAUGAAUACACACGAUCUAAAGCAGAGAGAGAUUUAGAUGUGUCAGUCACAUACAGAGGACAGUAAGCACAUGUAAGAGUCAAACACACACAGUCUUGUUGUGUAGUUUGUUUGGAGUAGGAUGAUGGGACUCUUUUACCCUCCUGUGUUAUCGGGGUCACAGGACGCAAUGGUGGCUCAGGAAGGUCUUGCUCCACCAUUUUCCAGCUUCCCUCCUCCCCCUCCCCCUCAGAACGGCCUCGCACUGGAGUUUGGGGGAGGCGGUAAUUACCCUGCAGGGGGGCAGGGGCAAACGGAGACCCCGGCAGUAGUCAGCACCCCCUCUAUCCCCAGCAAUCCCCAACUGUCAGACAGCUCUCCUCAGACAGAGAAUCAGUUGGUUCCUAUCAGCGCUUCGGGCAGUGAUGAAUCUUCAGAGGCGAAAGGCACCCCGAAACGCCUUCACGUUUCUAACAUCCCCUUUCGCUUCAGAGACCCGGACCUGCGGCAGAUGUUUGGGCAAUUUGGAAAGAUUCUGGAUGUGGAGAUCAUUUUCAAUGAGAGAGGGUCAAAGGGUUUUGGGUUUGUGACGUUCGAGACCAGCGCAGAUGCCGAGAAAGCCCGGGAGAGACUUCACGGAACCAUCGUAGAAGGACGAAAGAUCGAGGUCAAUAACGCCACAGCUCGAGUGAUGACCAAUAAGAAGUUGGUUAGUCCGUAUGCUAACGGCGAUGGUCUUAGCACACUGCCCUACGCUGGGUGGAAAUUGAGUCCCAUGGUGAGCGCUAUGUAUGGACCCGAGCUCUAUGCAGGUAAGAUGUUUGACGCAUCUGUUGUGUGUUGUCCUGAAAACCACCGUGUAUUGCGUGCGUAUUACGACCACGUUCCUCUCUCUGUAGUUCCAGGGUUCCCGUAUCCCACCGCUGCCGCCGCGGCCGCCGCAUCCACAGCCGCAACCUUCAGGGGGGCUCAUCAUCUGCGGGGUCGCGGACGGCCCGUGUACGGAACGGUGCGAGCCGCUGUCCCUCAGCCAACCAUACAGGCCUAUCCUGGUGUGGUGUACCAGGAUGGGUUUUAUGGAGCUGCAGAGCUGUAUAGUGGCUAUACGGCGUAUCGUUACACGCAGCCAACGGCAGUAGCGAGUCCAACAGCAGCGGCGGCGGCGGCAGCAGCGGCCGCAUACAGUGACAGUUACGGCCGUGUGUACGCGGCAGAUCCGUACGCGGCUGCGCUAGCAGCUCCGGCGGCAGCCGCGGCAGCAUAUGGAGUGGGAGCGAUGGCGACGAUUUACAGAGGAGGAUACAGCCGGUUUGCGCCAUAUUAAAUAGCGUUAAUCCACUUCCAGAUUCUCUAUGGCUCUGAUACUUCACCGAUAGCUGCUGGCCUCAGAGGGAAAACAAAUCACACUUUGCGAAACACGUCUGUUACGAACAAACUUUGAAUAAGGAAUGCAACUAUAUAAAUCAAUACAUGGAGAAAGUGGAUGGUUUUUCAAGGAAACAAGAUAACGUUGAACACUACACAAUAACAGAGGUAUCUGACUGAAACUUGACUGUCAAGCUCAAAUCAUUUCUUCCUUCGGCUCGUCUCUUUGCACAUAUGCAUGCAGUAACGGCUCUAGACUGCCUCUAGUGGCCAUUGAACUACGUGUGCACAGAGCGCCAGGACUAAAGUGAAUACGUUUAUGUCACCCUUCACUGUUUCACACUACAAUAAUUAUCGAUAUUCUUUAAGAAACGUAAGAGACAUUCAUCUGGACUGCACUCGUCUCCAUUUUAAGGAUCGUCUUAAAAUACGUGGAUCCCAUCGGCUCUGUAAGUGAGGACGAUGCUGUUAUCCCAAACGCAGAAACAAGACACGACCAUCAUGGUUUUCCUUCAAGAUCAUGGAUGAAAGGCAAUGCCAACAGAUGUUAUCAAUCAACGAACUGUGAUGCACAAAAAAACGGGACGACGUGUCAUAAUAUUCCGUCUUGCUGAAAGCUUUGUGUUCUUUAAACAGUACCUCCGUUCAGACUAUCUUUGAAGAGGCAUACCUUUAAAAUUAAAUAGUAAUUAUAUGCAAAUACACUAGAAUAGACUCAAAAUUUUACCAAACAUUAUUAUUAUUAUUAUUAUUAUUGUUAUUAUUAUUAUCCUUAGUUUUUUUAUGGUUGUGUUGGCUUUGAAGGAGCAGGACACCAUCUGAAACCAUAUAGAAAAAUUAAAAAUAAUGUCCACAUUCACAUGAUGAUUUAAAGCAAGUGUUUAAAUUAUGCUAGAAAAAAACAUUUUUGUUCAGAUUUUGGAAUUGAACAGCUCUUUGUAAAAAACCGACACACACUCUUUUAUUAGCAUAGUUUUGUAAAAUAUGCAACUUUCAGCCCAAAUUGUAGAGAAGAGAGAUGGAGGAUCUAAAUGUGAUGCUUCUGAACUCCAUAGUAUUUUUGUCUUCUUCGCAGAGUGUGUCCUCUUCCUCGUCAGUAUAUUGGUAUUUUGCUUUUUUUUGAAUUUUGGUUCCAAAGAUGAGUCAAGCACAUUCUUGAUUGUGUGUAAGCGUGUUUGUAAUUCUGUUGUUUGGUUUCUUUCUUUUUUUGUAUCUAUAGGUUUUUGAUAUUGUUUGAAGUGGCUCAUUAAAUAUUUCAUAAAGGCCGGAUAUGGGAAUGCAGCAUGUUAAUACAGUCGCAGCGUGCCCUUGUGAUCACCAAGCAUUUCAUUGUUUGUUUCGUUUGUUUUUGCAACACCUCUCUUUCGGUAGAUUCAGAGGUCUUGUGUCUAAACUACAUCCUGGUCAAGAACAUUUAGCCAUUUUAGAGUUUGUAAUGAAUUUUACCACAGUUUGUUGCUCGUGGAUUGAGGUAAUGCUCGCCAUGUCUGCAACGUGUAAUGAAAAACUGACCACAAACAGACAGUUUUUGUUUUGUUUUUAUGUUUAAAAGGUACUUAGCAGUCUAUGCAUACAUUUUUCCACAGUAUUAUGUAAUAUCUCUCUACCUAAAUUCUUUUAAAGAUGCUUUUGAAAACGAAUGACGCAACAGGUUUGUUUUCCUUUCCUCCCUGUCACGUGUCCCCCCUGUAUUAGCCGAGCUGCUCUUCUGAUGAUGGAGGUUUGAAUCUCCUCCGUUUGUGCUGUAAACUAUUCAAGAUGGCAUCUCUUUCAUUCUUGCACCUUAUAAAUAUGAAUCCUGUUUCACAUACUCUCCUUUGGUUUACAGUGUAAUCGUGUUUUUCAGUUCAAUUCUUUCUCUAUCUACAUAUUCUGAUUCCAUUUGUGAUGUAAUUUGUAUUUGAAUGUCCAUAUAAACAGUUUUUUAAACAAUCA